AUCUUAUUCCUUCUUCCUUUCGCGCCGGUAGCAGGAGACCCGCGCGUCCAUGUGCGCAUUGCCUGGGAUUUCAUAGAUCGCAUAACCUACUGAAUCCGAUCCACAGCACAGCCUUUAAUAUGGAUCCUAACUCCCUGAUCGAGGCCCUACGGGGCACUAUGGACCCGAACCUCCGUGAAGCAGCGGAGAGGCAGCUGAAUGAGGGUCACUCGCAGGUGAACUUUGUCUCGACGCUCCUCCAGGUCACCAUGUCCGAUCAGCUGGACCUCCCCGUCAGACAAGCAGGUGUGAUCUACCUGAAGAACAUGGUGACGCAGUACUGGAGUGAGGGGGAGAGCACAGAGACGCCCGUCUGCACCAUCCCUGAGGACGACCGCCAGUUCAUCAGAGACAACAUCAUAGAGGCCAUCAUCCACUCCCCUGAGAGGAUACGGGUCCAGCUCACCACCUGCAUCCACCACAUGAUCAAGCAGGACUACCCUGGCAAGUGGACGGCCAUCGUGGACAAGAUCGCCUUCUACCUGCAGUCCGACAACAGCAGCGCCUGGCUGGGGAUCCUGCUCUGCCUCUACCAGCUAGUCAAGAACUACGAGUAUAAGAAGCCAGAGGAGAGGCAGCCCCUGGUGGCGGCGAUGCAGAUCUUCAUGCCCAUGCUGAGGGAGCGCUUCAUCCAGCUGCUCCCCGACGCCUCCAGCGACUCCGUGCUCAUCCAGAAACAGAUCUUCAAGAUCCUCUACGCCCUCUUCCAGUAUAACCUGCCCCUGGAGCUCAUUAAUAGACAGACUCUGACCGAUUGGAUGGAAAUUCUGAAGACUGUGGUGGACAGGGACGUUCCUCCAGAGACGCUGCAGGUGGAUGAGGAGGAGAGGCAGGAGCUGCCCUGGUGGAAGUGUAAGAAGUGGGCUCUGCACAUCCUGGCCCGCCUGUUUGAGAGGUACGGUAGCCCUGGAAACACCACCAAAGAGUAUGCUGAGUUUGCAGAGCUCUUCCUGAAGGGUUACGCAGUAGCAGCUCAGCAGGUGCUGUUGAAGGUGCUGUACCAGUAUAAAGAGCAACACUACGUGGCUCCACGAGUUCUUCAGCAGACGCUCAACUACAUCAACCAAGGCAUUGCUCACGCAGUCACCUGGAAAAACCUCAAGCCUCACAUCCAGGGGAUCAUCCAGGACGUGGUGUUCCCCCUCAUGUGCUACACAGACAGCGACGAGGAGCUCUGGCAGGAGGACCCUUAUGAGUACAUCCGCAUGAAGUUUGACGUGUUUGAGGACUUCAUCUCCCCCACUACAGCCGCACAGACACUGCUCUUCACCGCCUGCAACAAGAGGAAGGAGGUGCUGCAGAAGACGAUGGGUUUCUGUUAUCAGAUCCUGACUGAUCCUGCAUCAGACCCCCGCAAGAAGGACGGAGCACUACACAUGAUCGGCUCUCUGGCCGAGAUUCUCCUCAAGAAAAAGGUGUAUAAGGACCAGAUGGAGUUCAUGUUGCAGAACCACGUCUUCCCCCUGUUCCGCAGCGAGCUGGGCUACAUGCGCGCCAGGGCGUGCUGGGUGCUGCACUACUUCUGUGAGGUCAAGUUCAAGAGUGACCAGAACCUGCAGACGGCUCUGGAGCUGACCCGACUCUGCCUCAUCAACGACAACCAGAUGCCCGUCAAGGUGGAGGCAGCCAUCGCCCUGCAGGUCCUCAUCAGCAACCAGGAGAAAGCUAAGGAGUACAUCACGCCGUUCAUCCGGCCCGUGAUGCAGGCCCUGCUCCACAUCGUCCGGGAGACGGAGACGGAUGACCUCACCAGCGUCAUCCAGAAGAUGAUCUGCGAGUACAGCGAGGAGGUGACCCCCAUCGCCGUGGAGAUGACCCAGCACCUGGCCAUGACCUUCAACCAGGUCAUCCAGACCGGCCCCGACGAGGAAGGAGGCGACGACAAGGCCGUCACCGCCAUGGGCAUCCUCAACACCAUCGACACACUCCUCAGUGUAGUGGAGGACCACAAGGAGAUCACACAACAGCUGGAAGGCAUCUGUCUUCAGGUGAUUGGAACAGUCCUGCAACAGCACGUUCUAGAGUUCUAUGAGGAGAUCCUCUCCCUGGCGCAUUCUCUCACCUGCCAGCAGGUGUCGCCACAGAUGUGGCAGCUCCUCCCACUCGUCUUCGAGGUCUUCCAGCAGGACGGCUUCGACUACUUCACAGACAUGAUGCCUCUGCUCCACAACUACGUUACCGUCGAUACGGAUACCCUGCUAUCAGACACCAAAUUCCUGGAGAUCAUCUACAGCAUGUGCAAGAAGAUUCUGACGGGAGAGGCAGGUGAGGACCCAGAAUGCCAUGCGGUCAAGCUGCUGGAGGUCAUCAUCCUGCAGUGCAAAGGGCGCGGCAUCGACCAGGUGGUGCCGCUAUUCGUGGCGUCGGCUCUGGAGCGACUAACGCGGGAGGUGAAGACGAGCGAGCUGCGCACCAUGUGUCUGCAGGUUGCCAUAGCAGCACUGUACUACUCUCCGCCCCUCCUGCUCAACACGCUGGAGAAUCUCCGCCUCCCCAACACCACCCAGCCAAUCACAAACCACUUCAUCACGCAGUGGCUCAAGGACGUCGACUGCUUCCUGGGGCUCCACGACCGUAAGAUGUGUGUGUUGGGGCUGUGUGCGCUGAUGGAUCUGGAGCAGCGGCCCCAGGCGGUCAGUCAGGCGGUCAGUCAGCUGUUGCCGGCGGCGAUCCUGCUGUUCAACGGGCUGAAGCGAGCGUACGCGUGCCGCGCAGAACACGAGAACCAAGACGACGACGACGACGAGGACGGAGAGGAGGACGAGGACAACGGUACACACACAGCGGAGCUGGGCAGUGAUGAAGACGAUAUCGAUGACGAAGGUCAGGAGUAUCUGGAGAUGCUGGCGAAACACGCGGGGGAGGACGGCGAUGAUGAAGAUUGGGAGGAAGAUGACGCCGAGGAGACGGCGCUGGAGGGCUACACCACCGCAGUGGACGACGAGGACAACUACGUAGACGAGUACCAGAUCUUCAAAGCCAUCCUACAGAGUCUGCAGACGCGUGACCCCGCGUGGUACCAGGCCUUGACUCAGAUUCUGGACGAGGAGCAGACCAAAACCCUGCAGGACGUCAUCACACUGGCCGACCAGAGGCGCGCCGCACACGAGUCGCGGAUGAUUGAGAAACACGGCGGCUACAAGUUCAACGUCCCUGUGGUACCCCCCACCUUCAACUUUGGGGGUACGGCUCCCGGGAUGAACUGAGCCCCCCCCCCCCCACCCCCCACCCCCCUCUAACUCUGUGACUGAUUGUAGUGAAGUGAAAAGCUUGUGUUGUUCCCGCUCUGGUUCGGCUCAGUCCAAUUGGCCAAAAGCACCUGAAGAUGACAUGUGGGCGCGCAACCAAACCAAACGCAACCGACGCCUGGGAGGGACUAUGGGCCGGACACACACACACACACACCCACACACACACACGCAUACACACACACACCCCGAGACUCAACGCUCUGGACAACACUUCCCCCGUGGGAGCCAGCCUUCUGGUCACCAUGCCGACAGCUCUUAGGUCUUCCCACUCCCGCUCAUGGGACUAAACAUGAAAUGAAAUGAAAUGAAAUGCCCCCCCCCCCCCCACCCUGGGCUGCUGGGAUAGCCGACCACCCCCCCUCUCCCCCUCUCCCCCCCGGCUGACUGGCACGUUAGUUCCUUUUCUACAUCGCCCCCUGUCUCAUAUCUGGUGUAAAUAGCAGCUGGGGGGUUGUCACGGCGACGUGAGGAGCCGGAUCUGUGUACACGACUGAUUAGCACUUUCAUAACGACGUUCAGGCCUCCGCCGCAGGGCCCAACCCAUCCUUCUGAUUGGUUCAGCCUCCGCCGCAGGGCCCACCCCAUCCUUCUGAUUGGUUGGCCUCCGCCGCAGGGCCCAACCCAUCCUUCUGAUUGGUUGACGCGAUUGACAGGCACAUGAGCUGAGGCCGAGACCGGUCGCCGCCGCGAGGAGACGUGCAGGGUUACACACACACACACACACACAUGCACACACACACACACACACACACACACACACACACACACACACACAUGCACACACACACACACACACACACACACACACACACACAUGCACACACACACACACACACACACACACACACAUGCACACACACAUACACAUGCACACACACAUACACACAUGCACACACAUGCACACACACACAUACAUGCACACACACACACAUGCACACACACACAUGCACACAUACAUGCACACACAUACACACAUACAUGCACACACAUACACACAUACAUGCACACACACGCACACAUGCACACAUGCAGAUACAUGCACACACACACGCACACACACAUACACACAUGCAUGCACACGCACACGCACACACACACACACAGGCACACACACAUACACACAUACAUGCACACACGCACACACACGCACACGCACACACACACACACUCACACACACACACACACACACACACGGCGGCGGCGCGAGUGGCAGCCCAUGGGCUCAUUGAAGCAUGUACUGUUGGACUUGAUCGUGAAGCGCUCAAGCUUUUGGUUGAUGUAUGGAUGACCCAUCUAUAUAUACAACAUAUUAAAACAUUACGCUGGACUA